AUGGAUAUUAACAGGUGGAGUCUUCAAGGUAUGACUGCUCUUGUAACCGGUGGAACAAAGGGAAUUGGGUAUGCAAUAGUGGAGGAACUUGCAGGGUUUGGUGCAAGAGUGCACACGUGUGAUAGAGACCAAACUCCGCUUGACGAAUGCUUAAGUGAAUGGCAAACAAAAGGGUUUCAAGUCAGUGGUUCAGUUUGUGAUGUUACCUCUCGACCUCAGAGAUAGCAAUUGAUGCAGACUGUUUCUUCUCUGUUCGGUUCCAAACUCAACAUCCUUAUAAACAACGUUGGCAAGUUCAUAUUAAAGCCAACUUUAGAAAGUACAGCUGAAGAUUUCUCAACUUUGAUGGCUACAAAUUUGGAAUCCGCUUACCAUAUCUCCCAAUUGGCACAUCCUUUACUUAAAGCAUCGAGAAAUGGGAAUAUCGUAUUCAUCUCCUCAGUGUCAGGGAUUGUCUCUGGCUCCACCUCCAUAUAUGGUGCAACAAAAGGAGCCAUGAAUCAACUGGCAAGAAACUUGGCAUGCGAAUGGGCAAGUGAUGGUAUAAGGGCUAAUUCUGUAGCUCCUUGGGUCACUGCUACUUCUCUCGUCAAAAAAUAUCUUGAUGACAAGAAAUUUUCGGAGGCUAUGUUUUCAAGAACCCCAUUAGGCCGUGCGUGUGAGCCGCGUGAGGUUGCGUCGCUGGUUACAUUUCUUUGUCUCCCUGCAGCUUCUUAUAUAACAGGACAAACCAUUUGUAUUGAUGGAGGUUACACUGUUAAUGGCGUCUCCUACAAGCCAUAG